CUUGAGGUGUGGGUCCAGGCGAUUCCGUUUGAAUGAUAUUACUGGCCAGUGACUAAAGCUUGGACCUCUUGCAUUUUCUCCUGCGCCUUUCUCCAUACUCUGACUUGGCUGGCUCCAAAAGUUCGCAUCACGUGUAGCCAGCCCCGCUCCAAGCGCACAGCCGGUAGUUUGGAAACUCCAGUGAAAUUUCGGGACGCCGACAACCCUCUUGUUUAAUCCACCAUAUCACCACCCAACGUCACCCAAAUCCGACAACCAGAAGAACCGCCAAAAUGAAGUUCCUCAAGGUCGGCCGUGUUGCCAUCAUCACCCGCGGCAGGUUUGCCGGUAAGAAGGUCGUCAUCAUCCAACCCGUCGACUCAGGCAACAAGCUGCACCCCUACGGCCACGCCAUCGUUGCUGGUAUCGAGCGCUACCCCCUCAAGAUCACCAGGCGCAUGUCCAAGACGCGCCAAGAGAAGCGCAACAAGAUAAAGCCCUUCGUCAAGGUUGUCAACUACAACCACCUCAUGCCCACCCGCUACACUCUCGAGCUCGAGGGCCUCAAGGGCUCCGUGACCAACGACACCUUCAAGGAGGUCAGCCAAAGGGAGGACGCUAAGAAGAACGUGAAGAAGGUGCUCGAGGAGCGCUACACGAGCGGAAAGAACCGGUGGUUCUUCACUCCUCUUAAGUUCUAAAUAUUUUCUCUCUACACUUCGGCUUGGGCAGGGGCGAAUGGGUUGGGCUGUACGCAGCAUUCUCGGAAUACAAAAAUUUGAGGCUCAUGAGCUAAAUUCACCGCGGUUCUUUCUGGUCAAUUUUUAGGCGUUUGAUUGUUCCUCGGCCUUUUGUGGUGCAUGCCGGUGAUUGGGGUUCUGGCACCUAGACAUGAUGAUGAGACCUUGUUUUAUGGUGCCUGCGCAUUUUCGAUCGGAUCUUCCGCUCGACUGUAGCAGCAGCAAGAGUCGCUUCCGGCUCAUGCAACGGAAGUUUAGACAGCAAGAAAUUCAGCAUGACACUACAUGGAGUCCCUAUAGCGCAGUCUGGCAAUGUGUAAGACUUUACAUUGUGUAAUUUCCUGCUCUAUUUCUAGUAUACAUGUGUACACAGACUUUCCAGUCUUCAUAUUCAAAAAGGUGGGCAAAAAGGUGAG